CGGGCACUGAGCACAUAGGACCAGCAUCCCAUGUCCUGGGAUACAACCAUUCUUGGCUCAACCAUGAAUAACUGUGUGCUCCUCGAAGAACUGCUGAUCAAAAAAUCCCAGCAGAAGAGAAGGACUUCACCUUCCAACUUUAAAGUGCGCUUCUUUGUCUUAACCAAAUCCAAGCUGGCUUACUAUGAACAUCGCCAUGGGAAAAAAAGGACUUUGAAGGGUUCUGUGGAGCUUUCCAGGAUUAAAUGUGUGGAAAUUGUGAAAAGUGACAUCAUCAUUCCCUGUCAGUAUAAAUACCCUUUCCAGGUCUUCCAUGAUAACUACAUACUCUACGUGUUUGCACCUAAUCGUGAGAGCCGGCAGAGAUGGGUCUUUACACUGAAGGAAGAAAUCAUAAACAACAACAGUUUGGUUUCAAAGUGUCAUCCAGAUUUCUGGAUAGAUGGCAAGUGGCGAUGCUGCGCUCAGACAGAGAAGAUGGCAGUUGGCUGUGUGGAGUAUGAUCCUACCAAAAAUGCCUCAAAGAAGCCUCUUCCUCCCACUCCUGAAGAUAACUGGAAAUUGUUGCUGGACCCAAAGGAAGCCUUAGUCAUGGCCAUAUAUGACUAUGAAGCCCAGAAUCCGCAGGAGCUGACAUUACAAUGUGAUGAGGAAUAUUAUGUGAUUGACAGUUCUGAGGAACAUUGGUGGCUGAUUCAAGAUAAGAAUGGGCAUGAAGGCUACGUGCCAAGUAGCUACCUGGUGGAAAAAUCACCCGAGAAUCUGCAAAUAUAUGAAUGGUACAAUAAGAACAUCAGCAGAAGCAAAGCAGAAACACUUCUCAAGGAUGAGGGAAGGGAAGGUGCCUUCAUGGUCAGAGAUUCCAGGCAGCCUGGCAUGUACACAGUCUCUGUUUUCACCAAAGCGUUAAGCACGGAUAACAAUCCCGUUAUAAAGCAUUAUCACAUCAAUGAGACAACUGACGUUCCCAAGCGAUAUUACUUGGCAGAAAAGCAUGUGUUUGACUGCAUCCCUGAACUCAUCAACUAUCACCAGCACAAUGCGGGAGGUCUUGUCACUCGUUUGCGGUAUGCAGUCUCUUCUUGGAGGAAAAAGGCCCCAAUCACUGCAGGGCUGAGCUAUGGAAAAUUCAUCAUUAACCCCUCUGAGCUCACCUGUGUACAGGAAAUUGGCAGUGGUCAGUUUGGUGUGGUUUACCUUGGCUACUUGAUGGAGAGGACGAAAGUAGCCAUCAAGACCAUUCGUGAAGGAGCAAUGUCCGAAGAGGAUUUCAUUGAGGAAGCUAAAGUCUUGAUGAAACUGUCUCACCCCAAGCUAGUCCAGCUUUAUGGCGUGUGCUUUGAGAACACCCCCAUAUGCCUGGUGUUUGAGUUCAUGGAGAAUGGCUGCUUGUCCGACUACCUCAGGAGCCAGCGGGGCAGUUUUUCAAAGGAAACCCUCCUGGGGAUGUGCCAAGAUGUGUGUGAGGGAAUGGCUUAUCUGGAGCAAAACUCUGUCAUCCACAGAGACCUCGCCGCUAGGAACUGCCUGGUGGGAGAAUCCCAUGUGGUCAAAGUAUCUGACUUUGGGAUGUCGAGGGUUGUCCUUGAUGAUCAAUAUACCAGCUCCACGGGUACCAAGUUCCCAGUCAAGUGGUCUGCUCCAGAGGUUUUCUCCUACAGCAACUAUAGCACCAAAUCUGAUGUUUGGUCAUUUGGAGUGCUGAUGUGGGAGGUCUUCAGUGAAGGUAAAAUCCCCUAUGAGAAUCGCACCAAUGGAGAAGUGGUGGAAGAAAUCAACGCAGGAUUUCGGCUCUACAAACCCAAGCUGGCCUCCAAGGCAAUUUAUGAGGUCAUGAGCCACUGCUGGAGGAUGAGGAAAGAUGACCGGCCAUCCUUUUCUAUUCUGCUGUACCAGCUGAGUGAAAUCUCUGAAUUGGAUCUGUAA